AAAGUCCCUGUGCUCGGUGCGGGCCGUGCAGGAAGUCGGCUACCCAUGGUGCGCCUCGACCCCCUGUCCGGUUCUGCCGCAACACCCGUUAUUAUCUGAUCUGAUACCGUGCGAUGUAGCGGUACGGUCGGUCUUCACUUCAAACAGUUCUAAUCCUUCGGUCAGCCAGUUGGUAGUACUUGGACAUGGCUCAUACAAGCGCUGCUUGAGAUGGAUGAUUGCGCGGUAUCAUCAACAUGGCCGAGAGCAAGCGUUAUUCGCGUCUUCCUUCGUCAGACGAUGGUGCCUUCGAUCUGCCGUCUCGAGACUCGGCUGUGCCGCAUGGUUGGAGAGCUCUCUGCUAUCUAUCCUUUGUGUCGAGCAUGAUAUUCAUGCUCGGACUCGGGUAUCUUGUUGGUACCUGGCGAGUGAACAAUUUGAGGCUUACAGAUUUCGAACCCGUCGGCGACUUACAUUACUACAUGCACUUCAAUGCAUCUUUCCCUCGGGGAUCGAAUGCUGAAAGUGAUGCUCUAUGGAGCUCACUCUUUCCAGAAAAGCUAGGCUUUAUCCAGCACCCCAAGCUUGCGCCUGACGUCGCGGGCAUUGCUGUGUUCCACGAAUUGCACUGUCUGAAUAUUCUCCGAAUGGCCUACUUCGCCUCGCUGGACGGAAAGCUGGAAGAAAUGGGUAAAGAAGACCAGGAAGCGAAUCACCGCACUAGCCACCAUCACAUACGCCACUGCUUCGAGUACCUACGCCAGUCGCUUAUCUGCCUUGCAGACACGAAUCUCGAGGAGUUCAACUACACCGCGCGAGGCGUCUCAGGAUGGGAGACGGAACGGACUUGCAGAAAUUUCGAGGGACUGAAGGUAUGGGCGGACGAUUGGGGAAUAUCCAGAGAGGACGCACUCCGCAAUUCAGAUCUCCAGGCCUAAGCAACAGAUAGAUGGUGCAUUUCUCAGAUACUAUUAUAUGCGAUAACUUGUGGGUUGAUACUUCGAUCUAGUAUAUGGUGCUUGAGCUAU